AGAAAUCAACAGGCCUAAAAUAUCGCCAGGUUUAUCUGUGUAGAUAACUGGGACAAUAAAUCCCGUGGAAGUCGGGCACGUGAUGCGCAGUGCAGUUGUACCUUUAUCACGUUACUAACAAGGCGCUGAGUGCAUGCGACAUUCUGGACACUUUUUCGGUAUAUCCUCUUUCAGGUUUUUUUGGCUGAUGCCGUAUCAUAUGUGAUUCACUUGUGACGUCACAGCUGUGUUUCGGAUACGUGAAACAAAUGGAACUUAACGAUUGUGUUUUUUAAAAUGACAAAUCCACAGAUCUAUGCCCAUCCUGACUGCACCACUGCACAGUGUGGAUUUAAAUCGUGAGUCCGACGGAUGUUUUCAUACCCGCAAAUAGUGUGAAGUUUAUUUUACCUUGAUUUUAUCGGGGGAAAAAUAAACUUCCGCGUUCAUCAAACAACAAAUCAAAACGUGGACAUCCUUAAACAUGGAAUUUGAACAUGGCAGUUAUCAAUCGGUUAGUCCUCAAAUUUCGAAAUACUCUAGUUCCCUGCCUCCAGUAGACGAAAGUGCAGAAUACAUAGGGCAAUACAGCAUGGCGACACCGGAUGUGACGAAAGAGAACGAAACAAGUGAGGAUGACCUUUCCUACCUCAGUGUGAAAAAAGAGUCAAAAAUCGAGCAAUACAACAAAAAACGUAUCACAUCACAUGGGCCAUCAAGAAUAAUCGUGAUCCUCAAAUGGCUGACCACUCUAAUAUUUGCUGCGGUCCUGUUGUCCUGCUUGGUUACCAGUAAAUUAACUGUGAUUGGUCUAUCUCGUCACCUGGGUAAUGGGACUGACGCUAAGUACCAGGCGUUCAUAAUGUGUCUCGUGAUUCUUUUUGCGCCAAACGUAAUAUCUAUCUUCAGAUCUAUAUGGAAUAUUAUCGGACGAAGCGAUAUUCCAUGGCCGAACAAGAAAUCUAUAUUGCUAGUCAUUCUGUCGGCGACGUUUGAAUCAGGUGGACUUUGCAUCGUGGUCCUUAAAGCUCUAACCUCGGGACAAACAGCAUCGGGAGUUAGCGCAAUGCAGAUCGGGUUCGUUCUUCCAAUACUGUUCUACUUACAAAAGGGAAACAGUGAUCUGAAAUUAUUCCGUGGGCUUAGUGCAUUAUCUUUGUUAUUGGCUUUAGUGGGUGUGGCAAUGGUUAUAUUGAAUCAUGUAAAAAGUUCAUCGGGUGAUUCGUGGAGUCUGGUCGGUUUCAUGCUAAUCUUCAUAUCGUGGUUUCCAUACCUCAAUAAGCAGGUACUUCCCCGAGUCUCCGACACAGGCCAAACUCAGGUCGCGCAACCUGGAAGUAAUUUCCAGAUGAGUCGGUCCAUCAACAGAACUAAUUCUUCCCAAUCCUUUCAGAACAUGUCUUCGGGUUCGGGAUUCAAUUCUUACAGUUCUAUUCCAAACAACAAUGGGGCUAACAUGCAUGUCGAGCCCGACUCCAAUAGUGGUGUCCCGUGUUAUAAGUCCAGCACCUGGAAGGUUCUGUUGAUAUCGGCUUUCACAAAAAUCGUCGUUAUAUUUGCUGUGAGUGCAUUACUUCUUCGAUAUGAAAUGAGUGACAUGAGCUUCGAGGAUGCUUGGACAAGCGGAUGGGACUGGAACCUGAACGAUGAUAUUUGUAUUCUAUUUAUAGCCCACGUCAGCACAAGUGUCGUAGCGUACGUCACCGCUGUUUUCGCGUGUCAUACUUGCAUGGACUCCGGGGCGUUCGUAAUACCUCUGCUUCUUUGUUCUCCUCUGUCCUGUAUCCUGCUUGUUGUUUCAACAUCAUGUGACUGGAUUAAAGACAUCUCAGGUAGCACGUCAGAUUUCUGCGACACUUCGAAUUCCAUAUACAGUGUGGUGGCCAUGGUGUGUUUUGUUGUAGCCGUCUCGCUGACAUUCGGGCGACAGCUAUGGAAUGUGAAAAGGAUUGUCUUACUAAAGGAAACACAGCUAUUUUGGUACCCGACUUACAACAGUGUCAUGUUAGAGCAAUGGUUGCUGGUAAACCGGAAACUCGAUAUCGACGUGACGGAAGAUACCCAGGAAACUUCACCGAGAAAAGAAGAGAAAACGCGGGUUUACAUAUGCACAACCAUGUAUAGAGAGAGCAGGAAAGAAAUGCAGCAGUUGUUGGAGUCUAUUGGACAGAUCAGCCGCGCCAAUUCCGACACAUCUCAACUCCACUUCGAAUCACAUGUAUUUCUGGACGGAGCGGUCAAAGGGGACGAAAUGUCGGACUUUGCAUUACAAUUGGUCAGUCUACUGAAGGAUGCAUUGCAUAUCGAUAACCUUUUGACCUGCACGAAGACAGCGACACCUUACGGACAGAAACUCGGCUGGAAGCUUCCAGGUCCAUCGGAGAUGACCUUCACCAUUCAUUUGAAAGAUUCCAAAAAGGUGAAGAAAAAGAAAAGAUGGAGUCAGAUUAUGUAUAUGUCUUACGUCCUCGAUUUUCUCAGCAAACAGCACGUGGACAGAGAUGGCAACCCUACAGUGAAGGAAUCCGACUGUUUCAUUUUGACGACAGACGCUGAUGUCAAAUUUUCCCCGGAAUCUGUUGAGGCGCUUCUUGAUCUGAUGAAACGGGACACUUCCGUGGGUGCAGUGUGCGCGCGCACUUAUCCACUCGGAGAAGGGCCGCUUGUAUGGUAUCAGAAAUUCGAGUAUGCUAUCGGCCAUUGGUUUCAAAAGGCUGCUGAACACGUGCUGGGUUCCGUUUUGUGUGCCCCUGGCUGUUUUAGCGUCUAUCGAUGUUCUGCACUGAAGGACAUUGUACCCACCUACGCCUCCAAUGUGGAGAGAGCGUUCGAUUUCCUCAUCAAAGACAUGGGAGAAGACCGAUGGCUGUGUACUCUGAUGGUACAAAGCGGGUGGCGGAUCGAAUAUUGUGCGGCGUCGGAGAACGAGACCUAUUGCCCUGAGGAAUUUGAGGAAUUCUACAAACAGAGACGGCGCUGGAUCGCGUCCACGCUCGCUAACAUUAUCUCACUGAUCAAAGACUGGACAUUAGUCCGAACUCUCAAUCAUCGGGUGUCCUACUUAUUUUGUAUCUACCAGAUAUUUCUUCUAACCUCCACUUUCAUUGGUCCCAGCACCGUGGUUAUAAUCGUGGCAGGCGGCCUGAACUAUGCUUGGAAUUUUGACCUCACUUGGGCGGUGAUACUACAAUUCGUUACCUGUGUGAUUUACGCUGUAAUCUGUUUAUUCAAGAAUGAAAAGUGGCAGAUGCAGUCCGGAAAAAUCAUCACUUUCUUUUACGCUGUCAUCAUGACGGCCGUCGUCGUCGGUAUUGCUGAACAAGUAUCGGAAGACUUCAUCGGCAUUAACGCAAAGGUCAAAGUUGAAACCAAAAACAACGUCACAGUCACCAUUACACCCACGCCUAUUCCUGGAGCAAUCAGUGAGGACUUUCCAGUCUCCUUUGUGACGCUGUAUCUGGGUCUCCUGAUCGCUAUAUUCCUGGUCACCGGGAUGCUUCACCCAUCCGACUUUAAAUGCCUUCUAAACGGAAUUGUGUAUCUACUUUGUUUACCAUCCGGGUACUUAGUGUUGAACAUUUACAGCGUGGUGAACAUCACAGACCGAUCAUGGGGAACCAGGGAGGAAAAGGAACACAACACAGUAAAGGAACAAAAGCCGUGGUACGACGGACUGGAGACAGUAAUGAGGAAAAUAUUCUUUUGUUUUGACAAGACGGAACCAUUGCCAACACCCUCGGUACCAGAGGCGAAGGAAGUUCUGCGACGUCCACGGCGGGAAUCUCAAACCGAGGCUCAGCCGCAGCAGAGGUUGUCGCAAACGAUCGCUCCAGGAUUUAAGUUUCAAGGCAGCAUUCGGAAAUCCAGACGAGUGGAUGAUCAGCUGAGGGAGGGGAAAGUGGAAGAAUUAGAGGACUCACCGGAAGAGGAAGAGACGGAAAGUGAGGAGGAUUUUGACGAAGAAAAUCCCAUCUCUGUCAGAGAAUGGCUUCCAAAAGGGAUGAAGGAAUACGCCAAUAUAUUUAUGGACAAUGGAUAUGAAAACACAAAUUUUCUGGGAAUGUUAACUGAAAAAGACCUUAAAAGACUAGGAAUCAAGAAAGUAGCACAUCGCCGGAAUCUUUUACGGAAAAUCCAGGAUAUUCCGGAGUUUAAGAUCCCCAUUGAUGUUCCGAAAGACGUCACUUCCUGGCUCGUCACUAUUGGACUGGAGGAAUACAAAACCAACUUCAAAAAGAACGACAUUAAGACCAUCAAGGACAUGGAAACUCUCAAGUCGUUCAAAGACCAGGAAAUCAGGGAAGAACUGAAUAUAACCAAACCAGGUCACGUCCAACGUCUUCUCGAUGCCAUUAAUUGCUUGCGAAAUCCAACUCAAGAGGAGCGGAUCAUUACAGAAAUAAAAGAGCAGAUAAGCCGGUCACAUCAACAUGAGCUGAAGAGUGUUAAUCAAGAGGAGUACAAGUUCUGGAGCGACCUCAUCCGGGCAUGUCUGGAACCCGGCUCUGACGCUUUUGGAUUUGAAGAAAUUCUAAAAACAAAGUUAGCGUCAUUACGUAAUGAGUGGCUGAUGGUGUCCGGUAUUGUGAAUUGUCUGUGGAUUGUCAUCAUCAUGACCUUGUCCAGCAGCAUCGACCUUCAGGUGGCGGGAACCAAUCCUCUCAGUUUGGUUUUCCUCGUUGUAUUCGGAUUUUUGUUCGUUCUUCAAUUCCUCUGCAUGCUGGUUCACAGGUUCACCACUUUGUCCCACUUCAUUGCGCGUGCGCCAUACAGAUUCGGUCAGAGUUACCGGACAUCCAUUUCCUUCCUGUCACGUGAUCUCGACCCAGAUGAAGAACACUUGGUUGCAGAAGCUAGAAGCUUAGAACCCCAAUUUCUACAACGGAUGCAGAAGAAAUCAAAAGUUGUCAAACGGAAGAAACACCAGAAUCACCAAGAUAACAGAUUUUCAGAGAGAGCACCAUUGAUGUCCAAUCACCCGGAUGUGUACACGGGUCGGCAAAACCCUUCGUUUCAGGAAAAUGUUUAAAAGAGAUCAAAACCAAUGACAUUCUUGAAACAUUUCAAUCGAUCUUCAUUAUUGUUCCCGAGCAUUAAAUUUCAUCAUCUACAGCAUAUCAAAUGGCUAAUGUGAAAGUGAAAGUGAGGUGUUAUCUAGUGGUGUGAUAAACACGUGACAGUACAAUGUGAAAGUGAAAGUGAGUUGUUAUCUAGUGGUGUGAUAAACACGUGACAGUACAAUGUGAAAGUGAAAGUAAAGUGUUAUCUAGUGAUGUGAUAAACACGUGACAGUACAAUGUGAAAGUGAAAGUGAGUUGUUAUCUAGUGGUGUGAUAAACACGUGACAGUACAAUGUGAAAGUGAAAGUGAGUUGUUAUCGAGUGGUGUGAUAAACACGUGACUGUAUUAUGAGGAUACGGAUUUAUCGAAAUCGUGUGACGAUUUAGAGAUAAUCGUGUAAACCAGGCUCAUUAUUUUUCAGUCCUGGUCUCAAAUUCACAGAAAAUACAUCAGUUUUAUGAUUGUCACGAUAGAAAAAAGGGUGGAAAAUAUGAAAUAAAGAAAAUUAUAUUCA